CCAAUCAGCUCGGCCGAUGUUACGGAGUGUCGUUACGUAGGGAGGCGUGUGUGACAUUCGCCGCACGAAGCUAGUUCAGAACAGCUAAGUGGAGAAAGAUGGAAACUGGAGGAGAAGAAAGAAAAUUAUUUAUCUUUUAAAUAUCUCCGCUGACGGUUGAGUUUCCCCGGUGUUUCCGGUCGCGUGCACGCCAGAGGAGACGGUUUGUGUCGGAUGCGGCGUCAGUUAAAACUUCCCCGCACGUUAAAACCAGCGCGCUAACGCUUCCCGGUAACUUCCUCUGUACAUGUUCGGAGUUCUGGUUGAGGUCGUGUUCCGGUCCGCCGCACUGAGAUGACGAAACUAAUCGGAUAACAGCGGGUUGUUUGGCUUUUUGUGUGUCGCAGUAUGGGAGGCUGGUAGCGCUUAAGCCGGCACGGCUAACUGCGGCGUGCACACAAGGUUACAAUUAGCUUUAGCCGAGCUAGCACCUCACUCCACUUCCUCUCCGCUGCCUCUGGAGCCUCCUCGCUUUCUUAUGCUGACUUGUCAGGACAGGUGUGCAGAAAGCGGGCCAGGUGUGGCGCGGGAUAGAUAGUUUGUCAUUUAGCCUGGCCCCGAGCCUUUCUUCAGAGAUUGUCGCUGCCUCGGGUGCAGCCAGGGGUCGGGACCAUGCUGCUCUCCCUGGUCGUGCACACACACUCGCUGCGGUACUGGUUCCCAGCCACGAUCAUGCUGGGGACAGCCCCGGCUUACCUGCUGUCGUGGGGAGUUUGGCGUCUCCUGUCAACUGUCCUGCCAGCGAGAGUGUACCACAGAGUAGACGACAGACUGUACUCCAUCUACCAGAGCAUGGUCCUCUUCUUCUUUGAGAACUACACAGGAGUGGAGAUUGUUAUAUAUGGAGAUAUACCAAAGAACAAAGAGAACGUCAUCUACCUGUCUAAUCAUCAAUGUACAGCUGACUGGAUCAUCGCUGACAUGCUCGCCAUCAGGCAGAGUGCGAUCGGCCAUGUCAGAUAUGUUCUGAAAGAUGGACUCAAGUGGCUCCCGCUGUACGGAUGGUAUUUCUCUCAGCAUGGAGGGAUCUAUGUCAAACGAAGCGCAAAGUUUAAUGAGAAGGCGAUGAAGACGAAACUCCACACUCAGACUCAAUCAGGAGCACCAAUGUACCUCGUCAUUUUCCCAGAAGGAACUCGGUAUAAUCCAGAGCUGAAGAAAGUUAUCGCUGACAGUCAGGCUUUUGCUACAAAAGAAGGACUGGCUGUUCUGAAGCACACUCUUACACCCAGGAUGAAAGCGUCUCACGUAGCCAUGGAGUCGAUGAAGGAUCACCUGAACGCCGUGUAUGACGUCACGGUGGCCUAUGAGGGAACGCUGGAUUCUUCUGGUCAAAGAAGACCAGCACCAUCCAUGCCAGAAUUCCUGUGCAAAGAAUGUCCCCGGGUCCACAUACACUUCGACCGUGUGGAUAUAAAGGAAAUUCCUCCAGAGCCACUGUUUUUCCGCAGGUGGCUGCACGAGCGCUUCGAAAUCAAGGACCGGCUGCUCACAGAUUUCUACGAGUCGGAGGAUCCAGACAAAAUCCGCAGGUUCCCAGGGGAAGGCAAACCGUCUCCGCUAAACCUCUCGAAAACCCUCCCGUCAGUGACGAUCUUGGGAGGACUGACACUGCCGUUACUGCUGACAGAGAACGGCAGGAAACUGUAUGUGAGGACCUGGGUUUAUGGGACGCUGCUGGGCUGGCUGUGGGUGAACGUGUUUCCUUAACGAACGGACGGGCAGAGGCUGCCACAGUUAGACGCACAAAACACAUAGAGAGACGGUGCCAUUUUCCUGUAUCACAACAACACAAGGUGUGUUCCAGAUGCAGAGCAGUUAUCUGAUAAGAGGCUCAGCGCUUUAUCCGCACGUCUGGCUUAAUGUUGACCUUGAGCCGAAAGCUGAACAGAAAUGUGAGAAAUGAAGGCUUUUUUUGCUACUUGUUCCUGCGCGUUACUCGGAUUUGCAGCCUGAAACGAUGAGAAAACAGGAGUGGAGUUGAAUUAAAGUCAAGUAUUGGGUUUCUCAGAAAUCCCCUUUGAUCUCUAGUAUGAAAUUAAAACAUAUUCCCCCUCUAAAACUACUUUCCCCUUCAUAAGAGUUAUCCAAAUUAGUAUUCUUGCAUGCUCCCUGAAGCUCUUAUGACAUUUAUUUUUGUCAACAAAGUGUGCCGAGUAGUUUAAAAACUCGUUUAAAGGUGAUGGUCAGAUACUGUGUGAAACUGAGAGUGGACGAGCCUCCUGACGAUGGAUCAGUUAGAACGAAGUGCACUGACUCAUUGACAUUGGUUGAAAUGUCUGUUUUUGAUGCCAAGUGAAUUGUCAGAAGGAUUAUGCACUUUGCAAAUUUUAAGUGAUGUUUUUACAUUAGUAGAAUAAAAUAAAUGAUAUGCAGUCUUCUAUAGGAGCUCAUAAACAUGACACCAGCUUCAAUGUUUACCAUAACUAUUCAUAGUGACAUCACUUGUUACCUAGCGAUAAUGAAUGUAGCCGUUAAAAGGGAGCAAAUGUCUUUUUUCUUAAUUUCCAAAACCCAUUAAAUAUUAUUUAAAAAAUAUUUUUUUAGCUGUACAGAUGCCACAGUGAGCUCGUAUAGAGGAAUGAGUGUUAACGAUGAAAAUGUUCUACCAAUGUAAAAUAUAGACUGUAAAUAAAGAUGGACGACCCUUCUCCACUUGCUCCCACUAUCCAGGAAUGAAGCCAAAAUAUCCCAGAGACAAAAGCUGGCAUCUUUUGCCAAUGAUGUCAAUAACAAUAACAAUCAGGGUUGGAGCGAUACACAAGCUCCACCAAUCGCCAGUCAGCUCAACUGUCAAUCAUUGUUUCUUUUUUAUAGCAUCAAAUAACUAAUUAAAACCAAACUUGCCAGAUACAUAAGCACUUCAAACACAAACAUCAGUGUGACAAGAAAAUGUUUUAUUCAACAUGUACUUUGACUUUUUAGUUUGGUCCAUAUCCUAGUUACGAACAAGGACGAGGUGGGAGUCAUGAACUAUACUGUAGCCAUCCACCAGGUGGCGAUUGAGACAUUUUGGCUUCACUUUUGGAGAGUAAUCAUUUCAUCCAUCUUUAUAGACAGUCUAUGAUGUAAAAUAUCGCUUAACUUUAAAAUAUUAUUCAUUGCCAAAACAAAGUGUAUUUUGGGCCUAAUUACAUUAUAAUUAUAUGUAUUUUUAUUAUUGUUUAUUCACAGCUCCAUAACUUUUUUAUGCAUUUGUUACUUUGAAUAUUGAGUUACAGCUCACUUGAAAAUAUCUACCUAGCAAAAAGCUGACAAAGCCAUGUGAACAGAAUAUCACAGGUUCCUGUGCCCUCAAAGCCAUUUGUAUUAUAAUCAUCACUGUAUUGUGAAACGCGCUGUGUCCAUUGUGGUCGUUUACUGAAAUGAAACCUUUGCAUUAACCACAAGUCACUUUACAUGUUUUGCUAUCUCAUCCUCCAUUAGAGUCAGUCUGCCAUAUGUUUUCCUCGUGUGGAUCAUGAUACAGUGCAUCUCAUGAUUUUUACAUGUUUCUCUGAUACCUCACUUGAAUAAUCCUUCCUCGUUCUGAAACGACCCUUGUCAGCCAUUUUAUAGUUAUUUUUAUCCUGACAAGAUCAGACUGUAACUCAUCAGGAAACUCUGCAUAGACAGUAUUUCAAUGCCAACGGUUUUUGAAAAUGUGUGCCUUCUCUCUGGAGGAGUUGGUCCUCAGCCCUCCCACAGGGGGCCACAGUGGCUCUUUAUUCCAGCAGGUGACCUCCAGCGUGCUGGAGCUGCUGCUCGCUGCAGCUCGUGGUCACAUUGUCUACACUUCAUAGUGGCUUAUUUUGCUCUAAGAAUGCAUUUACACUUUUUGAGAACUAUUAUGAAAUGAUGAAACCUUUAAUGUGUGUGUGUGUACGUUCUGGAAAUGGGGAAUCGGAGUGAAAUAAAGUGAAUUUCUUUGGGGAGAGUCAA